AUCGUGGAGAGAUUGUCUUCUAGUGCAGCGGCUCCAUUGUAAAUUACUGUAACGUCAUGGAUCGAACGAUGAGUAUGCACAGCAACUUUUAACCGUUGGAUCAAUUUAUUUUUUGAAGAUGCGAGGGCAAAGGUUCAAAUGGGCUACAUUUUGUGCUUCGCUACUGUCACCAGCUUUUGCUCAUUUUUUGCCGCUCAAAUUCUGUUACUCGCUUUGUUGGCGGCUUCAGUUGGAAGAGAACGACGAAGUGAGCAUCGUACUAUUCUCUGACGCUAGCGCGAUUUCUUUUGGAGCCUUUCGUGUCGUGUCACUGCAGCUGCAGUAAUGGAUACUGACGAGGAGUGCUCAAUUGUUCUUGAAUUACCUGAAACGGAUACUUUCUUUGACAAAAAGAAGAAAUUACUACAAAGUAAGGGUUUUAGUCCCAAAGAACGGAUAUGCCUCAGGAGCUCUUCAAAACCUGACUGGAUGAGUGCUACUGUGGAGGUGUUACUUCAGAUUGCUCGGAUCAUACAAUUAAAUGAGCUGGAACUUUAUUUUGCUGAAGAGGACAUAUGCAUGUCGAUGGAAUUUUACAGUCUCAGGAAUGAGUUGGAGGCUCUCAAUUCAAUUGUUUUGCUCACUGACAUAUCACUUUCUAGAUGUUCACAUCUCAAUAAAAAUAUCCUGCAAGGGUUACGCCAAACAAUUCUUGAUUUAAUUACUGAUUUGGGGGUCAAAAACAGUGUGACGGGGGGAGUAGUUCAAAAAGACCAUAGUUGUGACCAAGAAGAACGCUUGAUAGAAUGGGGUGAAAGCAAUGGCGUAAAGACACAGUUAAAAAUAGCUUAUAUUGAAGGAGCUGGUCGAGGUGCAAUAGCAAGGAAAGAUCUAAACGUUGGAGACAUUGCUUUGGAAAUUCCUGUGUCAAUUAUCAUUUCUGAGGAGCUUAUUCAUGAAACUGAAAUGUAUGGUGUCUUAAAAGAAAUUGACGGCAUAUCAUCUGAGACAAUAUUGCUAUUAUGGAGUAUGAAAGAAAAGUACAACAGUGAUUCAAAAUUCAAAAUUUAUUUUGACACACUCCCAGAAAAAUUUAAUACAGGUUUGAGUUUCAGCAUUGAAGCAAUUACAGUGUUAGACGGAACCUUGCUGUUGGAAGAGUUAAUGCAAGCAAGACAGCACCUGCAUGCUCAAUAUGAUGAGUUGUUCCCUGCUCUGUGCAAUACUUUUCCUGAUAUAUUUCCACCAGAGCUGUACACAUGGGAGAAAUUUUUAUGGGCUUGUGAACUUUGGUAUUCUAAUAGCAUGAAGAUAAUGUAUUCCGAUGGAAAGAUAAAAACAUGCUUGAUCCCUAUUGCUGGAUUUCUCAAUCAUUCACUGUGCCCGCAUGUCAUGCACUAUGGCCAAGUGGAUCCUGCAAAAAAUUCACUGAAAUUUUGUCUAUCAAGACCAUGCAAAUCUGGAGAGGAAUGCUGCUUAAGCUACGGCAACUUCUCCAGCUCUCAUCUAAUAACCUUUUAUGGUUUUUUACCACAAGGAGACAACCCAUAUGAUGUUAUUCCGUUAGACAUUGACGGUGCCGACGUUGAUUCUCAUGAGAAUAUACCCAAGUCCAACUGGACGAGUCACAUGGUGCGUGGUACCUGGCUCUCCAGGGAUCACAAGAUAUUCUACUAUGGUCUCCCCUCACCAUUAUUGGACCAUCUUCGGAGAUCUCGAAGUCCAAUGCUGCGAACAAAGACCUUUUUGCAAGAAAACUUGGAAAAUGAGCUGGAAGUUCUUGAAAAUCUCAAAGAUAUCUUCGAUGACAUGAUUGAAAAUAUGGGCGAAAUCGAUCUUAAUGACAGAGAAAACUGCUGUUGGGAUGAAAAAUUGGCUAUGGAUUUUAAAAGUACACAAAGACGAAUUGCCUGUUCUGUUUCAACCUCGUGUCUCGCUGGUAUGGAUAUGUUAAAGAACGAACUAUGCAAGUGCAUGGCUGAGGACAUCCUAGGCUAAUUGAACAUGUUGGACAUUGUGCCUUUAAGAAGACGGUCGUUUGGACCUUGUAGCGUAACAAUCAUUUUGUACUAUAAAACUCCGUCAAUCUUUGCUGUCGUUGGCUAUGUGGUUGAAUUUGGACGCUCCAUUCUGACAAGACAGCACAGAAUUUCUUCUUUAGGUGAAAUGGAUGGUUCCACUUCCUGAUUUUUUUUUUUCAGGGAGAAGGAAGUUGUUUGGCGUAAUUGCUGGCUCCACGUGUUUCUUUAGUGCUAACUAAUGCAAAACCUACCAUCCAAAAUGCUUAGGAGGAAGAUUCGCCUAAAUAAUGGUAUGUGCAUUUGCAUUAUCUUUAAAAUAUGCGGUCCAGAAAGUCCUAUAUCAAUCAAUUAAAUCGGCAAGCAUACUUAGUAUAAAUUUAUGUUGAAUGACUUUUUGUUGAUGUUCUGACACGUUUAUAUUUAUUAUUUUAUAGUAUUUAUUAAAUCA